CGCCGUCGCCUCCUUCGCCGCCGCCAUGAUAGAUUCCGUUGUGUGUGACCGAGUCCCGCUCUCUACAGUUUCCUGAAGAAAACUCCGUUUCUCCGCGACGUCAAAAGCGUAAUAUAUCAGCGACGAGUUCGAAACGAGCGAGGAACGCGUAAAAAUGAAAACGUACAGUAGGAAAAAAGGCGAUAGCUCGAGCAAUGUAAUAAUUCAUGUGAACGAGCUGUGCCGACUGUGCUUGGCAAAGGAGGAGGAGAUGGUGCCGAUUUUCGUCGACGAAACAGUCCCUUUAUCUCUUCGAAUAAUGGCCUGCAUUAAUUUAGAGGUUUACGAAGAAGAUGGUCUCCCAAAUAUGAUUUGUCAUCCAUGCAAGUACCAGUUAGAAAAAUCUUAUCAGUUUAAGAAGAAAUGCGAAGCUGCAGAUGCUAAGCUUCGAAAGCACAUGAAAUUAAUACAGCAAUUAACUGGUCAAGAUGGUGAAGGAGAAAAUCAGGACAAUAACAGAGAAGAAUUGAAGGAUUCAUCCAAUACUGGGAAAUCUAAACAAGUUAAACAACUAUUGGCUGACUUGGUAUCAAUUAAAGAUGACAGUAGACAGACAGAUGGGGACCCAAUUGAAGUUACAGAGGCAGAACUUGUUGGUGGUUAUAUUUUAGGGAUGAAUUCUGAAAACGUGGAAAUGGAAGAAACUUUAUCGGUAGAUCCAGCAAACAUAACGCUAGUACCAGCUGAAGAACGUACUGCCAAAGCACGUUGCACAAUACGAACAUCACGUAUUAAACAAGAACAAGAUACCGAUGAUGAAGCAGACGAGGUACAUAGAGCAAUUGCGAACGCUGAUUUAAAAAAUGUUUAUAUGAUGGAACUUAAAAGCAAUAGCACUGGUCAAGGAGAAUCAUUGAAGUUGCAACCGAUGGCUGAUACUAUAGUUGAAGCUAACGAAGAGUUAAAGGUAUUUCAAUGCGAUAAAUGUCCGAAAGCGUUUACCCGAAGAAUAAUGUUGAAAAGUCAUCAAUCGGUUCACUCAACGCAAAGAGGCUUUACAUGUCAAGCUUGUGAAAAAUGGUUCCCCACAAGAUCAGCUUUAGUCAGACACGAACGUACUCAUACAGGUGAAAAACCAUUUGGUUGCAAUAUUUGUCAUCGCGCAUUUGCGCAAAAAGAAAUUUUACUUCGUCAUCUAAUGACUCAUUCUGGUCAAAAACCAUUCCAAUGUCAACAUUGUGAAAAGAGUUUUACUCAACGCGAGGCUUUGAAAGUACAUAUGCGAAGACAUCAGAAAUUAGACCCCAAUGAUAUCCAAUUGCAUCAUUGUCAACUUUGUCCCAAAGCAUUUUGUCAUGCGUCUGGGCUCAGUAGACAUUUGGUUACACAUACUGGAAGAACGUACAAGUGCGUGGAAUGUGAAAAAUCUUUUACCGAUAAAAGUUCGCUCUUAAGGCACAGUCGUAUCCAUGCACCUAAGCAGAUAAUGACAAAUUAAAUGUAUUCAGUAAUUCCAGAUCAGCAUCACAAUAUCAAUCGACGUUAGACUAAUAUUUACAAGAUAUUUUCAGUGUAUUAUUAACACGUUCGCUGUUGUGCCUUUAUUUGUUAUAAGCAGGAUAGCGGCUUCUCACAACGCCUCACCUGCACAAACUACGGAUAUUCUUUUUUCUAAUACUUCAUUUUAUAAAUUUAUUUUUCACCGGAUUAUUCAUAUAAGAACUGCUUGUCGUAUCGAAGGAAGAAGAUGAUUGAUGCAAGCAUAGUUUAAAUAAUGAUACAUUUAAUUUAACUCUAAUUUGAGCUUUUUUUGUUCAAAUUGACAUUAGUUAUAAAUAUAACAAAAGGGGGGGGGGAGAGAGAGUUUCUGAAAAUAAUAUAUCGAGUUAAUUACUAUAAGUAAUGUUAAAAAGUAGAAAUACAAUAUUAAAGUUAUAAUACAUAAAUUAAAAAAAAAAGAAAUGUAAUUAAUGUAAAAUUAAAUUUUGUUCUCAUUUUAUGUUUCAAAUAUUAUGAAAAUUUUUUGAACUUAUAACGAAGAAGACCCAAAUUGGAACCGAAAUGUUUAAAUAUAAUAUCAUUGUUUCAACUUUGCUUAUGUUAAUCUGUUUUUAUCCUAUUUUGUCCUCGUCACUCCGAUAUUAUUUAAAUAUCUACUUGUGAAGAAAAUAAGGAUUGCGUGUAAAAAAGAUAUUUACACGAGUUAAGUGAAUUUAAACAUGUCUUUAAAUUGAUGUAUAUUUGUUUCAAACACCCACUAUAAAAUUACUCUUUGUCGCGAACAAAUUCUUUCAUAAGAAGUUGCUAUAGUUUCUACAUUAACUUGAUACAACCCAAUAUUUCUUUCACUCUUUCUCUUAUUAACAUAUAUGUGAGUGUUGGUUAUGCGUGACCGUAGCAUGCAAACGUA